AUGAAAUUUCAUCGAAAAUAUGCUUUAUUUGGAAGCAUUUUUUUUCUUAUGGGGCCAAUGGCUAUGGUAUUGAUGAAUAUUCAUCAUCAAAAGAUCGUAGAUUUGCUUGCACCAACUGCUGAUAGAAUACAAAAAAUUAAUGGAGGUUUUUUAAUAUUUGCUAUUAUUUUAAUCUUUUGUUCAUUUCCUCCAAUGUUUGGACGUGAAAUUGCAACAAUUUUGAUUGGAUUUGUAUAUGGAUAUGUUGGAUUUAUAAUAGUAUUGAUAUCCUUUAUUAUUGGGGAAACAUUAGUAUUUCUAUCUUUUCGUCACUUUUGUCAUGCACAAGCUAUACAAUUUCGAAAUAAAUAUAGGAGUAGUUAUGGAGUUUUUGUUAAAAUUAUAGAAGAGAAAAAAAUUAGUAUGAUGUUUUUAAUAUCUUUAAGUGCUAUACCUUCGCAUUUUUCAACGCCUCUAUUUGCAACUAUUAAUUCAAUUUCGUAUUACUCUUGGUUAUUGGUCGCUAUACCAUGUUCUGUUAAGCAUGUUAUUCCUGUAUAUGUUGGCAUUUUAUUUAGACGUAAUCAAACUUCUAUAGCUUCAACAAUCAUUUUAAUUUUUUCAAUUAUAAUUACAGUAAUUUUUUUCACAUUAAUAUACUUAAGAUAUCAAGAUAUAAAAAGAAAUGUAAUCUUUCUUAAUCCAGUUUCAGAUGAAUUAUCUCAAAAUAAGUAUUUUGAUUUUUCUAAUUCUUUCGAAUAUGAAAAUUUAGAUUUAGAGAGUUUUAGAGACUGA